GUGCAUGCCAACGGCACACUGCAGCUCUACCCCUUCUCCCCCUCUGCCUUCAACAGCUUCAUCCAUGACAAUGACUACUUCUGCACAGCAGAGAACCAGGCCGGCAAGAUCCGCAGCCCAAGUAUCCGCGUCAAAGCGGUGUUCAGGGAGCCCUACACGGUGCGUGUGGCUGACCAGAGGUCCAUGCGGGGCAAUGUUGCCGUCUUCAAGUGCCUCAUUCCCUCUGCUGUGCAGGAGUAUGUCAGUGUCGUCUCCUGGGAAAAAGACACUGUCUCCAUCGUCCCAGGUAACAGGUUUUUCCUGACAUCAUAUGGGGCCCUCUACAUAUCCGAUGUGCAGAAAGAGGACGCGCUUUCUACCUACCGCUGCAUCACUAAGCACAAAUACAGUGGAGAGACCAGACAGAGUAAUGGAGCUCGUCUGUCUGUGCUAGACCCCACAGAGUCCCCACCCUCAGUUAUGGACAGCUUCCAGUCAGGUGAGGUGCAAGUGGGACGCAGCGUUGAGCUCCCCUGCAUCGCCUCAGGCUACCCCAACCCCACCAUUCGUUGGCUAAAGGAUGGAAGGCCUCUGCCAGCCGAUUCUCGCUGGACUCGCCGUCUCACAGGCCUUACCAUCAGUGACCUGCGCCUGGAGGACUCAGGCAACUACAUCUGUGAGGUCACCAACAGCUUUGGCUCUAAAGAGGUCACAGGCCACCUAAAUGUGAUCGAACCUCUGAGGGUCACCCUGUCCCCUAAGAACUUGAAGACAGGUAUCAGCAGCACGGUGAUCCUGUCCUGUGCUGUGCAGGGCUCUCCUCACUUUACCGUGUCUUGGUUCCGCAACACAGAGCCUGUGCUUCCUGACCAGCACUUCUCCAUCCAGGGUGCCCACAACGAGACACUGUUCAUCACUGCAGCCCAAAAGAGGCACUCGGGUGCCUACCAGUGUUUUGCUACACGCAAGGGCCAAACAGCCCAAGAUUUCUCCAUUAUACUGCUGGAAGAUGGCACGCCGCGGAUUGUCUUCUCAUUCAGUGAACGCGUGGUGGCCCCAGGCGAGCCCUUCUCCCUAAUGUGUACAGCCAAAGGUGCCCCUCCCCCCACCAUCUCCUGGACACUGGAUGACGAGCCAAUCGCUCGGGACUCGGCGCACCGGGCCAGUCAGUACACGCUCUCGGACGGCUCCACCGUCUCGCACGUUAAUGUCAGCAACCCACAGAUCCGCGACGGGGGCGUGUACCGCUGCGCUGCACGCAACUCGGCCGGUAGCGCCGAGUACCAAGCGCGCAUAAACGUAAGAGGCCCCCCAAGUAUCCGGGCCAUGCGUAACAUUACGGCUGUGGCAGGCCGCAACACCUUCAUCAACUGUCGUGUGAUCGGCUACCCUUACUACUCCAUCAAGUGGUACAAGGAUGGUAUGCUGUUGCCGGACAACCAUCGGCAGGUGGUGUACGAGAAUGGCACCCUCAAGCUGAGUGAUGUACAGAAGGGAAUGGAUGAGGGGGCAUACCUGUGCAGCGUGCUUAUCCAACCACAACUGUCCAUCAGCCAGACCGUCUACGUCACUGUGAAAGUCCCUCCUCUCAUCCAGCCCUUUGACUUUCCCCCUACUUCCAUUGGUAAGUUGAUGUACAUAGCAUGUGUGGUGUCGUCCGGAGACAUGCCCAUUCGGAUAACCUGGCGAAAAGAUGGCCAGGAGAUUGUGUCAGGCACCUCUGGUGUCACCAUUGAGACUAAGGAGUUCAUGAGCUCACUGCAGAUCUCCAAAGUGUCCCUCAAGCACAACGGCAACUACACCUGCAUUGCCAGCAACGAUGCGGCCACCGUCAGCUCUGAGAGACAGCUCAUAGUCACUGUUCCCCCUCGCUUUCGGGUUCAGCCUAACAACCAGGAUGGAAUCUAUGGCAAGUCUGGAGUUCUAAACUGCUCUGUGGAUGGCUAUCCUCCUCCCAAAGUUAUGUGGAAACAUGCCAAAGGUAUUGGAAACCCACAGCAAUACCACCCAGUUCCUCUGACUGGCCGCAUCCAGAUUAUGCCCAAUGGGUCUCUCCUAAUCAGGCACGUUUUGGAGGAGGACCGUGGGUACUAUCUGUGCCAGGCCAGCAAUGGAGUGGGCUCUGAUAUCAGCAAGAGCAUGUUGCUCACCGUCAAAAUCCCAGCCAUGAUCACCUCUCAUCCCAACACCACUAUGGCCAUAAAGGGUCAGAAUAAGGAGCUGAACUGCACUGCAAGGGGCGAGUACCCUAUCAUCAUCCGUUGGGAACGGGGUGACACGGUCAUCGACCCCGACCGCAACCCUCGCUACUCCAUUACUACCAGCCCCAAUGAGAAGAGCGAUGAGGUGAUCUCCACACUGAAGUUGAAGCCAGCUGAGCGUGGGGACUCUGUUUUCUUCUCCUGUCAUGCUAUCAACUCCUACGGCGAAGGCCGCGGCCUCAUUCAACUGACUGUGCAAGAGCCACCUGAUCCUCCAGAGUUAGAGGUUCGUGAGGUGAAGGAUCGCAGCAUGAACUUAAGAUGGACCCAGAGGUUUGAUGGCAACAGCAUCAUCACCAGUUACGACAUUGAAUACAAAAACAAAUCUGACCCAUGGGAACUGAAGCAUGCUACACGCAAAAUCUCCCCCACCAAUAACCAGGCCAACAUAGUAGAGCUACAUCCUGCUUCUGUCUACAGCAUCCGCAUGUACUCAUACAACAAAAUUGGCCGUAGUCAGGCCAGCAAAGAACUGACCAUCAGCACAGAGGAAGCUCCUCCUGACGGGCCACCCAUGGAUGUUAUUCUGCAACCUAUGACGUCACAGAGCAUCCGUGUCACUUGGAAGGCCCCUAAGAAGGAGCUUCAGAAUGGAGUGAUCCGUGGCUAUCAAAUUGGCUACAGGGAGAAUGGGCCUGGCAGUAAUGGCCAAUACAGCAUAGUGGAAAUGAAAGCAACAGGAGACAGUGAGGUAUACACACUGGAUAACCUGAAGAAAUUUGCCCAGUAUGGAGUGGUGGUGCAGGCUUUCAACCGAGCCGGAACAGGACCUUCCAGCUCAGAGAUUAAUGCUACCACUCUGGAAGAUGUGCCCAGCCAACCUCCUCAGAAUGUGCGGGCCAUUACAGUGACAUCAGACGAGGCAGUCAUCACAUGGGCUGAACCUCCACGGAUGACCCUGAACGGGGUCCUGAAGGGUUACCGUGUGGUCUUCUGGUCUGUCUUCCCCGAUGGAGGUGGGUGCUGUGGGAGCCAGGCGCUGGGGCUGAACCAGAAAUGGGGUGAGAUGCAGAACAUCACUACUACUCGUGAACAGGUGGAGCUGAAGGGCUUGGAGAAAUUCACAAACUACAGUGUCCAGGUGCUGGCCUACACACAAGCAGGGGAUGGGGUUCGCAGCAACGUUCUCUAUAUACAGACCCGAGAGGACCACCCUGGCCCUCCAGCAGGCAUCAAAGCUGUCCCCUCCUCUGCUACGAGUGUUGUGGUAUCCUGGCUCCCUCCUAACAAACCUAAUGGCAUCAUACGUAAAUACACCAUUUAUUGCUCCAGCCCUGGUUCAGGCCAACCGGCUCCCAGUGAAUAUGAGGCGAACCCAGAAGUGUUGUUCUACCGCAUCACCCACCUGACCAGAGGUCAGCAGUACCUGAUCUGGGCAGCAGCCGUCACCACUGCUGGCCGGGGCAACAUCAGCGAAAAAGUCACUGUGGAGCCAGCUGGAAAAGCUCCUGCAAAGAUACUCUCUUUUGGAGGUACAGUUACGACUCCAUGGAUGAAGGAGGUGCGGCUUCCGUGCAGUUCAGUUGGCGAACCAACUCCCACCAUCAAAUGGACCAAAGACAGUGAAGAUUCAGCUAUACCAGUCACUCAGGAUGGCCACCGGAACAUUCUGGCAAAUGGGACAUUGGUGCUGCGCUCAGUGAAAGCUGAGGAUUCUGGGUACUACACCUGUACAGCCACCAACACGCUGGGGUUCGAUACUAUUAUCGUUAACCUGGUAGUGCAAGUUCCCCCAGACCAACCACGUUUGACAGUCUCCACCACCUCAACCUCCUCUAUUACUCUGGCCUGGAUUCCAGGAGACAAUGGAGGAAGCUCCAUCAGAGGCUUUGUAUUGCAGUACUCUGUGGAUAACACUGAGGAAUGGAGAGAUGUUUUCAUUAGCUCCAGUGAGCGCUCCUUUAAGCUAGAUAACCUCCGCUGUGGCACCUGGUACAAAGUCAAGCUAGCAGCCAAGAACAGUGUGGGAGCCGGCAGAAUAAGUGAGAUCAUUGAGGCUAAGACUCAUGGCAGAGAGCCUCAAUUCAACAAGGACCAGCCUCUGUUCACCCACAUCAAUUCCACACAUGCCCGGCUUAACCUGCAGGGCUGGACGAGUGGGGGCUGUCCUAUCAAUGCCGUGCUAUUGGACUUCCGACCCAAAGGCACCUGGGCAUGGCAGAGUGUACGCACCAAUGCCACGGCUGAUGUAUUCCUGGCUGAGCUACGUGAGGCCACCUGGUAUGAGCUGAAGAUGAAGGCCUGCAACAGCGCAGGCUGUGGCAAUCAGACAUCCCAGUUUGCCACGUUGGACUAUGAUGGCAGCACAAUUCCCCCAAUCAAGUCUGCACGGGGGGAGGGCGAUGAUGUGAAGAAGCUGUUCUCCAUAGGCUGUCCUGUCAUUCUGGUUACACUGGGCAUGGCCCUCCUCUUCAUCAUUCGAAAGAAACGCAAAGAGAAGAGACUAAAGAGACUUAGAGAUGCUAAGAGUCUGGCUGAGAUGCUAAUCAGCAGUAAGAAUAAUCGCAGUUUCGACACCCCAGUAAAGGGCCCGCCUCAAGGGCCACGGCUGCACAUAGAUAUUCCACGUGUACAGCUUCUUAUUGAGGACAAGGAGGGGAUCAAACAAAUUGGUGAAGACAAAGCCACAAUUCCAGUGACGGACACUGAGUUCAGCCAGUCAGUUAACCCUCAGAGCUUCUGCACAGGCGUGUCCGUGCAUCACCCUGCCCUCAUUCAGAACACUGGUCCCUUGAUUGAUAUGUCCGACAUUAGACCAGGAACCAACCCAGUGUCAAGGAAAAGUGUGAAGUCAGCUCAUAGCACAAGAAACCGCUACUCAAGCCAGUGGACGCUGACAAAGUGCCAGGCAUCAACGCCUGCCCGCACUCUGACCUCUGACUGGCGCACCGUAGGCUCCCAGCAUGGUAUUACAGUCACAGAAAGUGACAGUUACAGUGCCAGCCUGUCCCAAGACACAGAUAAAGGCCGCAACAGCAUGGUAUCCACAGAGAGUGCUUCUUCCACAUACGAGGAACUGGCCCGUGCCUAUGAGCACGCAAAGCUGGAGGAGCAUCUGCAGCACGCUAAGUUUGAGAUUACUGAGUGCUUCAUUUCAGACAGUUCUUCCGACCAGAUGACCACAGGCACCAAUGACAAUGCUGACAGCAUGACAUCCAUGAGUACGCCAUCUGAACCAGGCAUAUGCCGCUUCACUGCAUCACCACCGAAACCACAAGAUUACGAUCGUGGGAAGAACGUAGCGGUGCCCAUCCCACACCGUGCCAACAAGAGUGAGUACUGUAACCUCCCCCUGUACAUGAAGACGGACCCUUUCUUCCGUAAGCAGGCUGAGCUGCACGACCCAUGUCCUGUGGUGCCACCACGAGAGGCCUCCAUUCGAGGCUUAGCGGCACGGGCCUACCACACACAGGGCCGCCACAUGACAUUAGACCCGUCCAAACAGCCAUCCCUGACACUGGGCCAUGGUGGUUUGAGUAGCCUGACCAGCUCGGGGGCUUCAGGGGCUUCAGGCCCAGCCUCAAGCACCACCACAGGUGGCUCCAGCAUCAGCUCGGGCACUGCCACAUUGCCCCAAAGGACUCUUACCAUGCCCAGCUCCUCAUCCACCUCCUCAGCUGGCCAAAGCACUGGUGCGGCAGCUGCUGCAGCAAGUGCUGUUGCCAGCACUGGCUCCACAGGGGGAAGUGGCAUGGCUGGAAGCUCCAAGGUCGGGGGCUCCAGAGACUCUCUGCUAGAGAGCAGCUCAUCUGGCUUGGGCAGACUGCAGAAGCAGAGUGCUGGGGCAUAUUCAAAGUCCUACACACUGGUGUAGCCCCUUUGCUUUCUCCCCUCCACACACAAAAAUUACACAUAUAACCACACAUGUUGAUUGGCAUCUGGAGCCUGCCUGGCAUAGGGUAGGGGCUAAACUCUGUACUGUCUGGGCUUGUCUACCACAGGGGUCUCUUUCUCUUUCUUUCUAUCUCUCUCUAUCUCUCUCUUUUGCCUAUCUGUAUCUAUUUCACCUUACCCUGCCUUUUUCUGUUUUUCUUUUUUUAAUCCACGUUUUAUGUUUUUUUUUUAAAUCCUCUCUCUUUCAUUACCCGUUUCUUUUUUAGACCUUUUAAUUUUCAGUUUUAACAUGCCAAACCUUUUGUUAUGCAUCCACCACAGGGGUCUCUUUCUCUUUCUGUCUCUCGCACUCCUUUUUCUUUCUCUUUUAAAGACACCUCGGACCUUAUGCACAAACUACUUUCCAUGUGCACUUGUUAAUUUCACUUUUUGACAUAGGAAAGCUCAAUGGUUGUAGAAAAUAUAUUGUUUCAUAUUAACCUGUCUAGAUGUUUUUUAGGCUGUUGAGUGUUUCUUUUUACGCCUGUUGCAAAAGCAAAACCAUACGCAUUGCCUUGGAAAGUGCUUAUGCAUAAAAGAAUUAACCCUGGUGUCUACCUUUUUGCCCCUCCCUGGCCAAACUGGUUUGGACUCAGAUAAACAAUUCAGUGACUGUGGCAUAAGCCAACAGAACAUUGAGUCCUUGAGAUUUUUUCAUGCAAUUGAUGACACAGUAUAAAGUGUUAUUGACUAUUUUAUAAACAAACAGGAAAAAAAGAAAAAAAUGUCUGGAGCUAUUUCACAGAGGAUGGACGGAAACUGUAUUUUUUUUCCCCAUGUUUUCUUUUGGAUUUUUUAAUUUUUUUUUUAAUUUUUGAACUUGUGCACUAAGGAGGAGGGAGUGAAUGCACUGAGCUUUCUCAAGCCUACGCAUGUGUGUGUCUGUGUAUAUGUGUGUGUGUCUGCGUGUGCAUGUGUGUUUAUAUAUGUAAAUAUAUAUGUACACAUGUGUUCAGCACACAACAUCAGAGGACCCUCACAUUCAGGCCUGAUCUUUGAUGGAGAGAGAAGAGAGAAGACGGUCAGAGCUGUGACAUGUGAAGGGCCUUCACCUGUAUUCUGCCCUGCUUCUGUUGUGAGUUACACCAUUUCCAAUUAAGCUGUAGAGAAAAAGGCAGAACCAUUUGAGAGAGUAUGAAAACCAGUGCGCAUUAAAGAAGUGGACAGAC